AUGUGGAAUUUUUUGGGUGCUGAAGUACCUCCUAGUCAUUUCUUGCAGGACAGUUUUGACAACGUUUGUCGUAUUAGCCAAGAGAUCCGACGGCACGUAGAGCAUUGUGGUCUCUUUUCUUUUGAACCAGUAAUCUUAAAGGGAUCUCUGAACAAAGUUUUGAAAUAUGAUGUGAAGAAAGAAGCAACCUUUCCUGUUGCCUAG